UACCGGCCCACUGAGAGAGAGCUGAAGUCCUGUAGGGGAGUAGGGGAGCUUCUGCUUCACUGGGAUAAAGGGCCCCAGAUCUUUCUCUUCCCAAGAAACACUGAUGGAUUCCACCACUGCAACAGCAGAACUGGGCUGGAUGGUGCAUCCUCCUUCAGGGUGGGAAGAGGUGAGCGGAUACGACGAGAACAUGAACACGAUCCGUACGUACCAGGUGUGCAAUGUCUUUGAGUCCAGUCAGAAUAACUGGCUCCGGACCAAGUAUAUCCGGAGGAGAGGGGGGCAUCGCAUCCAUGUGGAAAUGAAGUUUUCUGUCCGGGACUGUAGCAGUAUUCCCAACGUUCCCGGAUCUUGCAAGGAGACCUUUAAUCUCUACUACUAUGAGUCAGACUUUGACUCGGCCACCAAGACUUUUCCCAAGUGGAUGGAGAAUCCCUGGAUGAAGGUGGACACCAUUGCAGCCGACGAGAGCUUCUCCCAGGUGGACCUAGGUGGCCGGGUGAUGAAGAUCAACACGGAGGUGCGGAGCUUUGGGCCCGUCUCCAAGAACGGAUUCUAUCUCGCCUUCCAGGACUACGGGGGCUGCAUGUCUCUGAUUGCCGUCAGGGUCUUCUACCGCAAGUGUCCCCGCGUGGUGCAGAACGGGGCGGUGUUUCAGGAGACGCUCUCGGGAGCAGAGAGUACUUCGCUGGUGGCAGCCAGGGGGACGUGCAUCAACAACGCGGAGGAGGUGGACGUCCCCAUUAAGCUGUACUGUAACGGGGACGGGGAGUGGCUGGUGCCCAUUGGGCGAUGCAUGUGCAAGGCUGGCUACGAGUCGGUGGAGAACGGGACCGUCUGCAGAGGCUGCCCAUCAGGGACUUUCAAGGCAAGCCAAGGGGAUGAAGGAUGUGUCCACUGCCCAAUUAACAGCCGGACGACUUCAGAAGGGGCCACUAAUUGUGUGUGCCGAAACGGCUAUUACCGUGCAGACUCCGACCCUCUCGACAUGCCUUGCACCACCAUCCCGUCUGCCCCCCAGGCUGUGAUCUCCAGCGUAAACGAGACAUCGCUGAUGCUGGAAUGGACUCCGCCUCGGGACUCGGGGGGCCGCGAGGACCUGGUCUACAACAUCAUCUGCAAGAGCUGUGGUUCGGGGCGCGGAGCCUGCACCCGCUGUGGAGACAACGUCCAGUUCACCCCGCGCCAGCUGGGCCUCACGGAGCCCCGCAUUUACAUCAGUGACCUGCUGGCCCACACCCAGUACACCUUUGAGAUCCAAGCGGUGAAUGGGGUCACCGACCAGAGCCCCUUCUCCCCACAGUUUGCCUCGGUGAACAUCACCACCAACCAAGCUGCUCCUUCUGCUGUGUCCAUCAUGCAUCAGGUUAGCCGCACCGUGGACAGUAUUACCCUCUCAUGGUCUCAACCUGACCAACCCAAUGGAGUCAUCCUAGACUAUGAGCUGCAAUACUAUGAGAAGGACCUGAGUGAAUUAAACGCGACGGCAGUGAAGAGCCUCACCAACACGGUGACCGUGCAGAGCCUCAAAGCUGGCACCAUCUACGUUUUCCAGGUGCGGGCACGUACCGUGGCAGGGUACGGUCGCUAUAGCGGGAAGAUGUACUUCCAAACCAUGACUGAAGCUGAGUAUCAGACCAGCAUCCAGGAGAAGCUUCCGCUCAUCAUCGGCUCCUCCGCGGCUGGGCUGGUGUUCCUCAUUGCAGUGGUGGUCAUCAUUAUAGUGUGCAACAGAAGACGGGGUUUCGAGCGGGCUGACUCCGAGUACACCGACAAGCUGCAGCACUAUACCAGUGGCCACAGUACGUACCGCGCACCCGCGCCUGGCCCGGGGGUCCGCUCGCUCUUCGUGACUCCCGGGAUGAAGAUUUAUAUUGACCCCUUCACCUACGAGGAUCCCAAUGAGGCCGUCAGGGAAUUUGCAAAGGAGAUUGACAUCUCUUGUGUCAAAAUUGAGCAAGUGAUCGGAGCAGGGGAGUUCGGGGAGGUGUGCAGUGGACACCUCAAGCUGCCUGGCAAGAGAGAGAUCUUCGUGGCCAUCAAGACGCUGAAAUCAGGGUACACAGAGAAGCAGAGACGGGACUUCCUGAGCGAGGCCAGCAUCAUGGGGCAGUUCGACCACCCCAACGUCAUCCACCUGGAAGGGGUGGUCACCAAGAGCACCCCUGUCAUGAUCAUCACUGAGUUCAUGGAGAAUGGCUCGCUGGACUCCUUCCUGCGGCAAAAUGACGGGCAGUUCACGGUGAUCCAACUGGUGGGUAUGCUGAGAGGCAUUGCCGCGGGCAUGAAGUACCUGGCGGACAUGAACUACGUGCACCGGGACCUGGCGGCACGCAACAUCCUCGUCAACAGCAACCUGGUCUGCAAAGUGUCUGACUUCGGCCUGUCACGCUUCCUGGAGGACGACACCUCGGACCCCACCUACACCAGUGCCCUGGGUGGGAAGAUCCCAAUACGGUGGACAGCACCUGAAGCCAUUCAGUACAGGAAAUUCACAUCAGCCAGCGACGUGUGGAGCUACGGCAUAGUCAUGUGGGAGGUGAUGUCAUACGGCGAGCGGCCCUACUGGGAUAUGACCAAUCAGGACGUGAUAAAUGCUAUAGAGCAGGAUUACCGGCUCCCCCCUCCCAUGGACUGCCCCAAUGCCUUGCACCAGCUAAUGCUCGACUGCUGGCAGAAGGACCGGAACCAUAGGCCGAAAUUCGGGCAGAUUGUCAACACGUUAGACAAGAUGAUCCGAAACCCCAACAGCCUGAAAGCCAUAGCCCCCGUCUCCUCCGGGAUUAACCUCCCUUUACUUGACCGCACAAUCCCAGAUUACACCAGUUUCAACACAGUGGAUGAAUGGCUGGAUGCCAUCAAGAUGGGCCAGUACAAGGAGAGCUUCGCCAACGCCGGCUUCACCACCUUCGAUGUGGUGUCACAGAUGACCAUGGAGGACAUUCUGCGAGUUGGGGUCACUUUAGCAGGACAUCAGAAGAAAAUCCUGAACAGUAUCCAGGUGAUGCGAGCACAGAUGAACCAGAUCCAGUCUGUGGAGGUUUGACAUUCAUGUCCUCACACUCCUCGUCCUCAAGGCCCCGCUCCCCGUUGCCCCUGUAUGUCCAGGCUCCAGUUCUUGAGUGUUUUGCAUCACCAGAGACAGGCAGCUGCUCUGAGGAUCACGGCAACAGGAAGAAACGUCCUAAAUAACAAGGAGUCACCAAGAACUACGAAAAUGCAAGCGAUGGAAAAAGGGAACAAAAAAAGACAAAUAUUUUGAAAAAGAAAACUGGAAUAUUUUUAAAUAAUAAUAAAAGCAAUGGCAUUCUUGACAAGGGCUCCAAGAUCCACAAGAGUCUCCAAAGGGAGACCAAAGAGCAGCUUCUUUCAGUUUCUUCUUGCACAAGGCUGCUCCAGCCAGCCCCAGACACCUCUGGAGUAAAGGGACUUUUUCAAGAAGAUGGGGGAAAAAAAACCCAGUAAAAGAUGUGGGAAGCACUCUUCCUUUUCCGACGUGGGAGGGUGACUUUGGGGAUGUCCUGAAGCCAGCAAUCCUCCCUGAAAGCCUCCGCGCUGCCCGAGCGACGGGGGAAGGAGAGCUGAGGAGCUCUCUCCAUGCAAUGGACCGACAGCGUCUCAAAAGCGAUGAACUUCAGAGCCGAAUUUUUUUUUUAAGCAGAUAAAGAGAGCUUAGAGGUCUCUUCCCAGCAGCUGAGGAACCUGGGGCCGUCGGGGCUGGGGGAUGGGGAAACCGAUCCUUUUUAUAGCUGUUUCUUUCUCUCGACACAGAACAGUUUGGCGAGGGACACUUUUUCCGAGUGUCUGCCCGUCCAUCCCUCCAACGGCAUCAUUUUCUCAUACAUAUCAUAUGCACAAGACUUUUAGUGAUGUCCUCACUAGUUGCCAAUGACCUUUUCUCAGAAGACUUCCCAAGUACAGUAUGUAGUAGUUUUUGAUUACAAAUGCUGAUGUGUACAGUUAUUUUUUUUGGUUGUUGUUGUUUGAAGACUUGUCCUUUUACCUUGUUUGUUAACACCAGUCUGUGGGUUUGGGGUCGGAAUAUUUUGGUCGGUCAGUCGGUCAGUUGGGUUUUUUAUGAAAAGGAAAUGACACUUCCGAGUCUCAUCUCUCUCAAGAACUUGAACCUUCUCCUGGUGGAAGGAGAAGUCCAGCUUCCUGACUCGACACUAUGCCAGGGGAACAAUUUUUUAUGCAUAUUUCCUCCUGUUUGCCUGUUAUUUUGUAAUUUUUCAUUGCCUGACAGAUGUUCCUAAGUGUUGGGCUUCCAGCUAUCCUGCCAAGGGGGAAGAGCAGCCUGGCCUGCUGGGAUCUGCUGCUUUAGGGGCCUGUGGAAGGGGAGAAGCCGAGAGCCACACUGACCUACCAGCUGGGACAGACGAGGGGCCGAUGCAUGGGGCAGUAGUUGCAAGCUAGGGACAGCAGCUGGUAGCCGGAGGUGUCCUUGAAAUGAGGUUCCUCAACGCUUGGACUCAAGUAAAGGGCCAGUUGUGAAAUACCCAUUGCGGUAGCUUUGUGGCUGUUCUCUGCGCCCCUCAGACACGUUCUCCCUUCCACGGGGGGGCAUAGGUUCGGGGGGCCAUGCUUCAUUUUUAUCCAGCCACCUUUAGGAGAGUCUUGAAUGGCGAACGUGAGCAUGCGUCAUACCUGCAGGGCCCGCCCGGGACCAACCACAGCAACUGAAGGGUCAGUCAGCGGAUCGAGAAGCAACUGCAAUAACUGCUUUAGUUACAGGACAAAUGACUAGAUAUCACUGGCCAAGUUGUAGGGGAAAGUAUGAGAGAAAAAUCUUGGAUUUGCUCUUCCAGCUCAUCCUCACCCAAAUCCUACUGACUAGGCCUGGCCUGCUCCUUGUGGGCAUGUUGAGUGUCCUCCUGCGUCUCUAGAGCCUCACUUAGCGUUGCCAUGUCAUGUUUAUGGGUACACCUUUUUCAGUGGCACGGAGGCCUUGAAGAUAUGUUCCCAGGGAACUUAAAUUGCUUUAUUUCCCCAUGGCCAACGCCAAGAGGGAAAAGAAUUGGCUGUGGGUAGAAUCCUAAGGCUGAUUUUUUUAGCCCUUUUUGUAGUGACUGCCUGUAAAAUAUGGAAAGCCUGGCACAAAAUACGUAAUAUUUUCCUCCUCAGAUUAGACCCGGAGACAAAGCACAGUUGAGAGGUUGAGAGACAACGGGCAGUUUCUUCUGACCUCUUUUCUUAGCACUUGUGCUCUCGAACGUGUUUGCUGCACAGCUACAGCAGCAGGUGCCUGAAUUGCAAGGUCUGCCUGUCCAGGGUCCGCUUGCCCAAAAUCCGCAGAGAUGCUGGGUGGGUUUUCUUUUAUGCAAGGUGUUUCCCUGUUAGGACGUGAGCUAACAUCCAAACAUCCACCUGGAAUCAGUGGGAACCUCUGAUUAAUCUUACUGUAGACAGUGGGCUAAAUUCUGCUCUCAGUGACCUCCGUGUAAAUACUGAUCAGCUUCCCUGAACUCAGUAGCCUUUCCACGGGUGGCACGGACAGCAGAAUUUGAUCCAGUGUCUGACGACGAAGGGUGAGAAAUGAGCAAUGGGAGAAGAUCGUAGGCUGUGUCAGCUGGAAGCGGGCCGGGAAGUGUCAGCCUGGUUAGCAUUUUUCCAAAAUACAAUCAGCUGAAGCAUGCUUUAACUUGCCCAGUGUUUAACCAGCCCAGUUCUUGAUUGUGGUCUAGGCUUGAUUUACAGCAAUGGCAUACAAGCGACAGCGAUGCUGACCUUGUCGGUAUCAUAGGCAUGCUGGGAAACUGGGGGCUGCCAUAUGUGCUCUAUACCCAAUAGAAGCACAGAGCACCAGAGAGAUUGCAUCUACGGUGCCUCUCUCUCCCAGUUCAGGUGCCAUAUUUUAACAUGGGCUUGUUUUCAGGGGGCAUGUCUACACGUACAUUUACUGUGCAGUAAAUAACUGUGCAGUAAGCAGUGUUUACACCGGUGUCUACACAUGCAGUCGUUACAGUGCAGUAAUGCUAUGUACGGACUGGUUACUGCGGCAGUAAGGCAUCUACACGUGCCUUACUGCACAGUCACUGCUCAGGUGUACAUUUGCUACCUGGAUCAUGCAGGUAGCAAAUUUACGCCCAAGAUGGCACAAGUCGCCAUAGUUACUGCACAGGAUGGACACACAUGUGUAGAUGCGCACCGGUACUACGCAGUCAUUUUUGGUUAGUGCACAGUAACCUAAAUUACUACACAGUAACGGUGCACGUGUAGACGUGCCCCGUGUCACCCAGAGGUACCAUAUGAGGCCGCUUGGUGGCAGACCUAGGGGAAGGAGGGACAGGUCUAGCCUAAGUUUAAUCACCACAGGCCACUAGUUAUGUAUGCAGAUGGGAAACGUGUGAAAGCAGAGCUGCCUCGGUAGAAAACCAUCCAGCAAAUUCCUGAGGGGCACCGGGCUGGAAGGGCCGCACACUGCUCUUGUGUUGUCUUUCACAGACAGUCCUGGACUGUCCUCCGCGACCAUGCUUCCCGAAACCCAGCAGAAGUGUCCAUGCUGCAGGCUUCAGAGCCCAUCCUCUUCAGGCAGGGCCCUGAGGGGAACUUGUGGUCAAUUUAAUUUGGAGACCCUUUGUCUUAAUGCACUCAAUCUCCGCACCGGCAGGCUGGCAGGAUCCACCUCUACCUACC